UCGCCACCGCCCGUUCAGUCGCCACUUUUGCUCACAACUGCAACAUCAUGGCGACUGUCAGGCUGCAACCCAUACCCCUGAUUCUCCUCGCCAUCUUGUCAGCUUGGGUCGCCGCAAAGCCAUCCGGAAGCCCAAGCGGGAGCGAUGUAGGGAGCAAGAAGCGCCUCCUGCUCAUCUCCUUCGAUGGCUUCCGUUGGGACUACGACCAGGACGUGGACACACCCAACCUGGACCGGCUGGCGUGGGACGGUGUCAAGGCCAAGUACAUCACACCUCCGAUGCUCACCAUGACCUCGCCGUCGCACUUCACUACCAUCACAGGUCGCUGGGUGGAGGACCACGAGGUGGUCCACAACAUGAUGUUCAACACAAAGACCAAUCUGAAGGUUCCCCACAAGUUGACUCUCAAGCGCUCCGAGUGGUGGGACAAUGGCGUUCUGCCACUUUGGAUCACAGCGCAGAACCAGGGUCUGAAGACGGCGUCUUUCCACUACCCAGGAGGUGGCGCCAACUACAGCGGCCAAGCGGUGAACCGGGCCAUCGUGGAGGAGUCAGGCCUCCCCGAUGACAACGAGACAGAGUGGCGGCAAAACAUUGACACCGUUCUGAGCUGGUUCUCCGAGGAAGACUUUGACCUCGUCACCCUGUACUAUGGAGAGCCCGACAACGUGGGCCACAUGCGGGGCCCCGACCACCCGGACCGGAAGGCCAUCAUCCGGCAGAUCGAUCGCACGCUGGGUUACCUGCGGGACGGCAUCACCCGCCACAGGUUGAACUCCACCCUCAACGUCAUCAUCACAUCCGACCACGGAAUGACCACCGUCAAGAAGCGCCCUCUGGUGGACGAGAUUGUGCUCAACAAGUACCUGAAUCUGCUCAAAUUGGCCAGUUUCGAAAUUUUAGACUACGGAGGCUUCGGGAUCCUGACGCCGCGGCCAGGAAAGGAGCAAGAAGUACUGGAGGCGCUGGCUAAGGCCCCGAACUUGACCGUCUACAGGAAGGAGGACAUGCCUGAGAGUUUCCACCUCGGACGGAGCCGACGCAUGCCACCUGUCGUCGUCAUUGCGGACCUCGGCUUCAACCUCAACUCAAGAUUCAUCGUGUACGUUAAUAAAGGCGACCACGGCUUCCACAACGGUGAGAUGGACAUGAAGAUGAUCUUCAGGGCCUUCGGACCCGAUUUCAAGAAGAACUUCCUAUCCGAGCCCUUUGACAGCAUUCAUAUCUAUCCGCUCAUGUGCCGACUGCUCGACAUCCGAGCGGAGCCCAACAACGGAUCCCUGGAGCACAUCGCCGACAUGCUGAUCGCCACCCAUGACGGAGGAUCUCGGAUGAGCCCGAUGUCGCCAAUGAUGUUGACCUUCAUCUUCGUCUUCAUUUCCACGCCGAUGCUUUAGCGUGACAAAUCUCCGGGAUCUCACCUGCAAGAUCUCAUCUGCAGAAACACAAUGAUGCCCCUUUCCCAUGAAGAUCCUUAACACCAUGUCUAGAUUCGGUUUCUACAAAAGAGCCUUGAUGAUAUCAUCUUAACAAUCAUACAAGUUCCAUUGGUAAAUGUUAUGAAAUACGAUUUGCGAGCGCUACGAUUAUUCAUUAUUAUUUAUUUGGUUUUAAUGUCUGCACAUUUGCACUUUGAGAUGCAACAGUUGUGUUUUGUGCUGUAAAUAAAAUGUAUGCAAUAAAUAUGUACACUUCACAUUCAA